GACAUAGGACUCAGGAUCAACCGCGACAAGUCGGCAACCAACACGGAGGCGUGCGCCAGCAUCGCCAAGCAGAUGGAAGGCCCGGAAACGUACAAGUACUUGGGAGUCACAGAGACUUCAAACUCACUGACAAGCGACGGAAUGUUCGACAUAAUACUACAGGAGAUAUGCAGGAGAACGGAGCUACUGGCUGCGUCAAAGCUGUCGGGGAAAAACCUCUCGAUGGCCAUCAACCAGUACGCCCUCAGCGUCAUCAACUACUACAUCGGCGUGAUCCCUAUGGACAUCACGCAUUUCGACAAGAUCGACCUGGCAGUACGGAGAAUAAUUAACGCGAAGCACGGACACAAGAAGUGGGCGAACACACAGAGGCUCUACCUCCCCCGGAAAGAGAUGGGGAGAGGGCUCCACAGCAUGGUAUUUAGAGCGGAAGCCAUGCUGCUACGACUGUGGUUGACGCUUUCAGCAGACGAGGUGACGUCAACCAGGAGAGCUGCGAUCAUGCAGCAUUUUCGCGACACAUACGCGCACAUAUCUCACAUCAAGAUGCACCUGGAAGGAAGAUAUGGAAUGGAAUUCGGAAUGGAGGACACUACGGACAAGAGCCUCAGGGACCUCAGGGUGGCCCAAAACAAAUGGCUGUACAACAGAAUGCACGUAAAAUCAACUCAUAAGGUUCUGUAUGCCAAGCGUGAGGACCCCAAGCUGGACAUUGAGGCGUCGUCCUUGUACCUGACGUGUGGAAUACUCACUCCGGAAGAAGAAGCGAACGUAGCGGAAGUCCAGGAUAGGAAUCUGCAAUGGAUGUCUUCGUCCAAGAAAUGCACAAGAUGCAACAACGGCAAGAACGUGGAUCACCUCGCGACGAAGUGCCAGAAACUACUACACCUAGAAUAUACGAAGAGGCACAACGAGGUAGCAAAACGGGUCCACUCAGUACUCGGGAGGCAAAUAGGACUACCCAAGGAGAAGAUAGACGCCCACAAGAUCGAGAGUGAAGUACAUGGAAAAUACGGAUGGAUCGCGUACGACAAGACGGUCAAGACUCAGAAGACUAAGGAAUACAACAGGCCAGACAUCAUCCUGGCGGAUCGGCGGAGGAACACCAUAACCAUCGUGGAGAUAGGAAUCACCAAUCAAGACAACCUAGUGGAUACGGAGAAGUUCAAGAAGCAGAAGUAUGAAGACCUUAUUGAGGACCUCAAGGCGCGACAGUUUAACCAGCACACCAAGAUCAGGGUUAUCCCCUACGUUAUGACGUGGGAGGGAAUAGUGACGAAAGAACACAGCAAGUAUAGACGGGACCUGGGCAUAUCGGAUCGCAUGGAAGCCCACAUACAAAGGGUAGUGAUCCAAGAAACACAUAAAAUAGUGAUGAGGGAUAUGAAGCCGAAAGAAGACUACGAUUCCGUAGAAGACCCUCAAGCCCAAACUGGAUGGAUGCCCGCAUGGAUGGCACCAGUGACGUCCGGCAAUGGACCGGCGUGGAUCCCGCAACCGGUUUCAGCAGGUUUCUCUGGAAGCACGAAGACAGGUAAGGACAUAUGUAACGUGCUGACCAAAUUCCUCGACAAUUCUAAUAUUAACACGCUGUUCGGUCUGCUGCCCAAGCCGCCAUCUACGUUGCCAGAGCACUUCCAAUUUGCGUUGACCUUAAGUAAUAUGUUAGAUAACGCUAAAGCCGCUAGUGAUGUCAGCUUAGCUUUUCAAACGAAAACGAAAGCGCUCUCAAUCGAGCUAUACAAGGAGACAAGCAAACUCACAGGUGCGCUGCAGAAUGCAUAUCGCAACCAAACGGGCCACAACAGUUCGGACCAUUCCAAAUCUACGGAGGCUGACUUGUCAAGCCUGUCAAGAGAAUCAUGUGAUCUACCUCAUAACAAAGAUAUUCACUGUGCUCCCUACCUCUGCUCCACAUCUUCCGAUGCGUACACGUACCUCGCCAAAAAGCACGCCGAUCUCUACCUGUCAUGGGCUGUAUAUCUGCCGUGGACAUUCUACAGUUACCUUAAAUCGUUGCUCGAUGCGUUCCAGCAAAUGGAUUGUGGAGGCUCCGGUUGUACGAAAUGUUCGUGCAAGCCGGGAAAGCAUGGUGUCGAGUACAGCUGCAAGUGCAAGGCACUGAUAAGCUGUCGUGGAGUGAUGACUACGUUCUACCAGUACGGGUUCACUUUUGGCGACGCAAAAACGCUGUAUGGAACUAACAGAAAAUUCUGCCUUAGUUUCAAUACACAACUGAGUAAUCUGCUAAAAUCGCAAUACUUCACCAAAUUAUUUGAGGAAUGUGACAACUUCAUUUGGACCAUCAGAGAACCGUUCACCUACAUGGUCCUCGCACUUUGGUCACUAUCCCUCCUGUACCUCCUUUGCGUCAUGAUUGGCAGACUGGAUGUGCUCCACAUCAGGUCACACCUGAGGAUACCGUCGUCGAACAAAAUAACGGCGCAGUCACUGUUGGCUGCAGCGCAAGUCGGAAGGCUUGCCAAGAUAUCGUAUCUACAACCGUGA